GUAGUGGUGGAUGGUGUUUCGCGUAGUCUCCUCACGAUGCUUUCCCCGUCUCUCUCGGCCAGUAUCACUAAACUCUUUGGAAAAAUUGUCUGGUGAUGCCAUAGCCAUUGACGUGGUUAGGAAAGGAUCAAUUUUGCAUAACCGAUACAGCCGAAGUUUGGAAGAUUUCGAUAUAAGUUCAGCAGAGUAAUACGACUACAAUCGACGGUUUUACCAGCAUCGUUAUAAAACUAACACAGAGUGAAAUGUGAACUUUUGAAAGCACACGUUUCCAACCUCACAGCAAAAGCGAAAACGAAUGUCCUGAGGAUUACUAACAUUUAAACCAAGGACUUCAGCGAUGACGAUAAGAAGGAUAAGGGAGAAAAACCCAAAUUUAUCCCCCGCCAAGUCAUUACAAUCAUCUGCGUAUUAUACCUCACUGGCAGCCGGAAGUCUGCAAGGGCUGACAAGCAUCCCGGGAUGCCCACAAAAAUGCUCCUACGCCUCAUCUCACUGGUGCAUUGAAACCUCCAGGGUGUCGUGUUCCAGUGUACAGCCGAGACUUCUGCUGCACUUCUUUCUCAUUCUCCUACACCUUGUCGCAGGAGCGUUCAGCAUCAAAGUGCAGGAGAUGAGAGUGCCACAUCCGGGUGUCGUCGAGCGACCAGCGACCCUGGAAUGCGUGUACGACACCGGUCUAGACAAAGACAGUUUCUAUUCUAUACGCUGGUAUUUAAAAGGGGAGCUCUUCUACAGCUUCAUCAAGGGGAAUAAUCCGGAAAAAAUAAACCACAACCACACCGAUGUUGACGUUGCGAUGGACCACUCGGACAGGAGAAAGGUCACUUUAAGAGAAAUAACAGCUGCCGCCGAGGGUCAGUACAGAUGCGAGGUCAUGGGGGAGGCGCCCUUCUUCGAAACGGACUCGACGACGCAAAACCUCACAGUCGUCAGACUUCCGGACAGCCCCGAAUUCCGAGUCACGAGAAGUUCGUACCGGCUGGGAGAGACCGUAAAAGCCACCUGCACAGCGCGUCACUCCUGGCCACCUUCGACACUUAUCUUCUCCAUCAACGGCCGGCGCGUUCCUGCAGAGUCGAUUCGCGUGCAAAACAUCGGCGUGUCGGAGGACAAGAGUCGCUUCUACUUCCCGAAGGGAUCCUUCACCUCGACUAGCAUACUGUUCCUGCCCAUAGAGAGGCGACUCUCGUCCAGUAUCCGCCUGGGGUGCCACGCCCUCGUGCAGUCCUUAGAGAAGGCCAGCUUCAUCUCCGUCGAGGUGGAGUCCGGACUCUCCAGUAUGUUCUCCUUUUUCAAUGCAGGAGCUGCCUGCUGGACGUCAGACGUCGUUCUCAUCGCGAUGACAUUGGCGACGCUUCUGCUGCUUCAAAGGCAGUUGUAAUGUUCCUCCCGUGAGAAUGAUUAUGGACAGGAAGACUUCUGGUGAUGCUUCUCCCCUUUCGAGCAAGGCUAUAAAAAUUUGGGCUUUAAUUUUUUUUCUAGACAAAGAAAAGAAGGAAGAGACGAAGAAGUUAAAAAAAAACCGGAAUUCUAAUUAGAAGUGAAUUCGUGAGGCUUCAGUUAAUAUAGAUUUUCUAACGAAGAAAAAUCCAGACUGAUUCAGUUUCUCUUAGAAGUAAAAAAUGACGAAGAUUUACUUUUCACUCCUUUUUUUUUUUUUUUUUUUUUUUUUUUUUUUUUUUUAACAACUAUAACACGUUUCAUUUAAUUCAGCUAAGUAUUUGCCAACCACAAAAGAAUUUUUACCAGUCAUAAUUCUAAUUUUAUUUUUUUUAUCAAAAUAUUAUUUCAUCACUCAUCAGCCUUGGAUUCACUUUUUUGUAUAACUUAGCUCAAAAGAAAAGGAAACACAAAAGGAAAAGUAUCGAAGGUGUUCGGGGGAAGUGCAGAGAGCGACAAGAAAAUGCAGCCGAAAUUCCCUGAAUAAAAUGUGGUUCCUUUUAACCAAAAAAUGUUGAAGCAAAACUGAACAAGUAUACCUGAUUUUUUUUUUAAACGUGAAAUUACUUUACAAAUUCGGCAGUAGGACAUUACAUACUCACGCAUAUACAUAAAUGACAUAUAUGUAUUUAUAUAAUAAUAUUGUUAGAAUUCAAUGUAUACUUCCAUUCUUACACAAACAAAACUAAGCGAAGUUGCACGUAUCAUUACAGAUAUCCAUAUAUGCAUACGAGUACAUACUUACACACAUUCACACACAGAUUAUCAAUGAGUGCUUGAAUAAAUAUUCGCUUUCAUUCUAAGGAAAUCAAACAACAAAUAACGAAAGGUCCCAAAAGAGAAAAAGAGGGAAAACACAGAUUAAUAUCCAAGUAAGACGAGAGCAGUACUAAAUGCAACAAAGGCGGAUUAAAAGAGUGAAAUUGGAUGGAAAUAAUGCACGAAUAAAAGGAACUAUCCUUUAUUUCCUGAGAGAGUAAACAUAAAUUUCAGGUGAAGCGAAAAAAGAAUAAGAAAAAAAAACCUUAGUUCAGGACACUUGCGUGGAAACUGUGUCCAUAAAGAACGCCUCCUACUGAGAGAGAGAGAGAGAGAGAGAGAGAGAGAGAGAGAGAGAGAGAGAG